GGGAGUCGUAGUUCUGGGUCCCUUGUGUCGGAAAGACUGGUAGCGCUUUGGGUCACGUGACGGAGCUGCGGGGCCUGUCGGGAUGUGUAGUCCGCAGGAGUCCGGCAUGAACGCUAUGAGCACGAGGAUGGUGACCAGAAGCCGGACCCGGGGACCCGGGGCCCGACCGCGGGCGGGCGGGGAGGAUUCUGCGCCGCUCGGGAAGGGAGAGGCGGCUGCAGAAGGAAGGAAACGCCACAGCCCUGUGAAGCGCCAGCAGAAACCACAGAGACUGCAUGUGGCCUACGAGGCCUCGGAUGGUGAGAAAGGUGAGGGGUCCGAGCCCUUCAAGGUGCCCACCUGGGAGCCCCAGGACUGGCAGCAGCAGCUGGUCAACAUUCGUACCAUGAGGAGCAAGAAGGAUGCACCUGUAGACCAGCUGGGGGCUGAGCACUGCUAUGAUGCCAGCGCCCCCCCAAAGCAGGUACGGAGGUACCAGGUGCUGCUGUCGCUGAUGCUCUCCAGCCAGACCAAAGACCAGGUGACGGCAGGCGCCAUGCAGCGGCUGCGGGCCCGGGGCCUGACGGUAGACAGCAUCCUGCAGACCGACGACAGCACGCUGGGCAAGCUCAUCUACCCCGUAGGCUUCUGGAGGCGGUGGACACACACGUGCACAGAAUCACCAACCGACUUCGGUGGACCAAGAAGCCAACCAAGUCCCCAGAGGAGACCCGAGUCGCCCUGGAGGAGUGGCUGCCCAGGUGCCGGUGGGGUCCCUGGCGGGCAGGAUGGGGCAGGCCUCUCACUCCCCAGCGCUGAGCCAGCCUCACCCCGCAGGGAGCUGUGGAGCGAGAUCAACGGCCUGUUGGUGGGCUUCGGCCAGCAGACCUGCCUGCCCGUGCACCCUCGCUGCCAGGCCUGCCUCAACCAGUCCCUGUGCCCGGCCGCCCGGGGCCUCUGAGGGCCGUGGGCUCCGGCCUGAGUGCUGCUCAGGCCGCUGUCUGUGAAGUGCCUUUGCUUGGGAGCCACAGCCUGUUUAGUAAAGCUUUGGGGUCAUUUGCAGUUGGGGUCCGGCUGACUUCUGUCCCUGAGGGGCAGGGGCAGGCAGGGAACCACGUGCCGGCGAGCGAACGUGUGUGUGCCCGUGCUCUCGUGCGUCUGGACCAGGGCUGCCUGGGAGGCCAGGAUAGGGACGUGACAAUCUGGGCUGUGCACUUGGGAGGGAGGGGGGAAGUGGU